ACUGUCCAUUAGUGUGCUUUAGAUUGUGAAUUCAGAGGGAUUUGACUCAGUCCUUUGACCAGCAUUCAUUUAGCCAGCCUCUGUAUUCCCUUCUACGAUUUGCAAGCCUCAAGCCCAGCACACAUCUGCAUUUAGUGCCUUUAGCAAAGAGAUUUAAAGCCUCAAAAAUGUCAUUAUGUACAAGAGGCAUGCAGGGUGGGCGAGAUAAAAUAAUUGGUAUCAACAUUUCUCCAUUGGUAGGCAAAGGCCAACACAGCAGUUUAAACCCCAGAGCCCUCGGGCAGAACCCUAGAAAAUGUUCUGUUAUUAGCAAUGCCUUUUGGUAGGUGAAUAAAGGAACUCCUGAAUGGUCUUUUCUUGGUGUAACUGCUGUGAGUGUAAACAUAUGUUUACAAGGAGAGAAAGCAAUAAUAUAAAAGCCAUAAUGAUUGGAAUUUGUUGCAAUUUCUUCUUUUAAAAUAUUUCCACACAUUGAAUGCUACUUUCUUGCAUGGUAAAGCGGAUCACAGAAAAUACAUUGAUUACCUUAUUGUAAAUCGUUUGCAGGUGAGAGAUAUUUUAUAUUAUUACUUGUGCAGAGUCCCACAGUCAUGAGAUAAAAAGACCAAAUGGAAAUUUUACUUGAUGGAGCACAUGAGAUACUUCCUGUUGGGGGCUGCCAGUAGUGCAGCAGAAAUGCCAAAAGGAGAGGUAAAAGGUAGAAAAACCACAGCAACUGCAGCCUACAUUUCUGGAACUGGACAACAUGUAUCAGACCUAGCGCAAGAGAAGGGCCAAGACUGCAAAAGCAGGCACUGGGGGCUUUCAGGAGAGUUGGAGGUGGUCCAGAAAGACGGGGAGCGCAAGAUUCAGAGCCGGCAGCAGCUUCCGGUUGGAACAACGUGGGGGCCUUUCGCUGGGAAGAUGGAUCUGAAUAAUAACACCUUGGUCACUGCUGCUCCACUGUCGGCUAACAAGGAAGGGCGCCAUGAAAUCAGCUUUGGCUGUGGCUCUUCAGGCAAACCCUGGGACCAGGGUCUAUCCACACAACACAUCAUGAGACAUCUGGUCAAUGAAGGCAUCAGGAAAGCAGCAGAAAGGCUGAAGUGGCAGUUUGCCACAAAACAGAAGAAGACAAAGGCUUCAGUCCCUAUGGUACUGACUGCUGGCCCCAAGUGGUUGCUGGAUGUGACUUGGCAAGGAGUAGAAGACAACAAAAACAACUGCAUUGUGUACAGCAAAGGAGGGCAGCUUUGGUGUACCACAACCAAGGCCAUUUCAGAGGGUGAAGAGCUGAUUGCCUUUGUUGUAGAUUUUGACUCAAGGCUGCAAGCUGCCAGUCAGAUGACUCUCACAGAAGGCAUGUAUCCUGCCCGCCUGCUGGACUCCAUACAAUUGCUCCCUCAACAAGCUGCAAUGGCAUCUAUUUUGCCUACAGCUAUUGUGAACAAGGACAUAUUCCCUUGCAAAUCAUGUGGCAUUUGGUACCGAAGUGAGCGGAACCUGCAGGCCCAUCUCAUGUAUUACUGCAGUGGGAGGCAAAGAGAGGGGCCACAGCUGUCAGAGGAGAGUGAAGACAGUGCUCAGCAGAUAUCCAGUGUCUGCCCCUUUCCGCAGUGCACCAAAAGUUUUUCGAAUGCAAGAGCUCUGGAAAUGCACCUAAAUUCUCACAGUGGAGUGAAAAUGGAAGAAUUUCUCCCGCCCGGUGCUAGUCUGAAAUGCACAGUUUGUACUUACACUGCAGACUCAGUGAUUAACUUUCAUCAGCACCUGUUCUCGCAUCUUACUCAAGCUGCCUUUAGAUGCAAUCACUGCCAUUUUGGCUUCCAAACUCAGAGGGAGCUACUGCAGCACCAAGAGUUACAUGUCUCUGGCAACAAAAUCCAGAGAGAAAGUGACAUUGAACAUUCUCCAAGUGGAAACGAAGAAGGUUUACAGCCAGCAACGGACCUUUUAAGCAGAAAUGAUGUUCCCCAGAGCCAAAAGACCAUGCAGACUAAAGAUGCAAGUUCUGAUACAGAGCUUGAUAAAUGUGAAAAAAAGGCUCCACUUUUCCUUCCAAACCAGAGGCCAGAAACGCAACCUGCAGCAAAUAAGCAGAGUUUUUCAUAUACUAAAAUAAAAUCCGAACCAUCCAGUCCAAGACUUGCUUCAUCUCCCGUUCAGCCUAAUAUUGGUCCUUCUUUCCCAAUGGGACCUUUUCUUUCCCAGUUUGCUUUUCCCCAAGACAUCACUGUGGUUCCUCAGGCUUCAGAGAUAUUAGCCAAAAUGUCAGAACUGGUCCAUCGAAGGCUGAGGCAUGGAAGUAGCAAUUAUCCUCCCGUAAUUUACAGUCCUCUGAUGCCUAAAGGGGCUACAUGUUUUGAGUGCAACAUAACAUUCAAUAAUUUGGACAACUACUUGGUUCACAAAAAGCAUUACUGCAGCAGCCGAUGGCAGCAGAUGGCAAAGUCACCAGAUUUUUCCAGUGUUCCAGAAAAAAUUCCAGAAGCUGUCAGUCCCAGUAAUGGUCAAAGCUCUAUAAACAUCCUGAAUGCAGCUCCUCACACAUCAGAUCCAGAGAAUCAACUUCUGCAGACAUCUUGCAUAAACUCUUCCAGCGUUUUAGAUUUGAUCGGGCCAAACAAUAAAAGUCAUGAGAAAGACUUUACUGCACAACCCAAGAAGUUGUCAACUGCAAGCAACGGUGAUGAGAAGAUAAACGGAAAACCUUCUGAUGUGAAAAAUCCCAAUGCUCCUUUAGUAGAGGGCGAGAGUGACCCUAACAAGACCACAUGUGAAGCUUGUAAUAUUACUUUCAGCAGACAUGAAACCUACAUGGUCCACAAGCAGUACUACUGUGCUACUCGCCAUGAUCCCCCACUGAAGAGGUCCGCUUCCAACAAAGUGCCUGCCAUGCAGAGAACAAUGCGUACUCGGAAGCGAAGGAAGAUGUAUGAGAUGUGCCUGCCAGAGCAAGAGCAAAGGCCACCACUAGUUCAACAGCGAUUUCUAGAAGUGGCUAAUCUUGGCAAUCCUUGUACAUCUACUCAAGAGUCAACAGAGGGUCUUGGAGAUUGUUACCAUCCACGAUGUGAUAUCUUUCCAGGAAUAGUCUCAAAGCAUCUGGAAACAUCACUGUCUAUUAACAAGUGUGCUCCAGUUUCAAAGUGUGAUACUCCCCACUCCACUGUAUCUUGCUUGGAGAUGGAUGUGCCAAUAGAUCUCAGUAAAAAGUGCUUACCCCCGUCAGAGAGGACAUCCACUUCUCCCAAAAGGCUGCUGGACUACCAUGAGUGCACUGUGUGCAAGAUCAGUUUUAACAAGGUAGAGAACUACCUGGCUCACAAGCAGAAUUUUUGCCCUGUCACUGCCCAUCAGCGCAGUGAUCUGGGACAAAUUGACAGUAAGGUGUUUCAAAACCCAGAAAGUGAAAGAAACAGCCCAGAUGUCAGUUAUGAGAGAAGCAUAAUCAAAUGUGAGAAAAAUGGAAACUCAAAACAGUCCUCUCCUAAUGGAAACUUAUUUUCCACACACUUAGCAACACUUCAAGGACUAAAAGUCUUUAGUGAAGCGGCCCAGCUUAUUGCUACAAAAGAAGAAAACAAACAUUUGUUUCUUCCACAAUGCCUUUACCCUGGAGCAAUAAAGAAAGCUAAAGGAGCAGAUCAGCUUUCUCCAUAUUAUGGAAUAAAGCCAAGUGAUUACAUUUCUGGUUCUCUCGUCAUUCAUAAUGCUGAUCUAGAUCAAAGCACAAAUACAGAAAGUGAAUCUCCUAAAGGCCAGGCGCCUUCGAAUGGAUGUGCUGUGCAGAAGAAAGAAUCUCUUCCACUACUGCCGAAAAACCGAGGCAUGGUAAUAGUUAAUGGGGGACUAAAACAGGAGGAAAGACCUGCCGCUAACCCACAGCAAGAGAACAUUUCCCAGAAUCCACCGCAUGAAGAUGGGCACAAGUCUCCUUCUUGGAUCUCUGAGAAUCCCUUAACUGCAAAUGAAAAUGUCUCUCCAGCAAUUCCUACAGCAGAGGAACAGUUGUCUAGUAUAGCUAAAGGUGUGAAUGGCUCUACCCAGGCUCCAAGCAGUGGAAAGUACUGCCGACUGUGUGACAUCCAGUUCAACAAUCUUUCAAACUUUAUAACUCAUAAGAAGUUUUAUUGCUCUUCACAUGCAGCAGAACAUGUCAAAUGAAACAAUCGGUCACCUUUGGUACCUGUGUUUAGCAUAUUGUUCCAUACAGUUUAAAGAAAGCUGUUUGAAUUACAUCUGGACAAUCAGGAGAUUUCACUAUUGCUGAGUUGAAGACUUAAAGGUGUAAUUUCAUUACAGUCCAUUAGUAAAGUGUAUUAUUGGUGCCAUUUUCAAAAAUAUUAAUUUAUUUUACCAGCAGUAUUCAUAGCUGUAGUUAUGUUAUUUUUAUUUAAAAACUUUAUAUUAAAGUCAUUUGUAAUGUUAUUGUAUAGUUAUUGUGUAGCACAUAUGGUUUGCACUGUAUAGUAGAUUUUAAAGAAAAUAGUCGCAAACAAUACAGAAAAGCAUUUUAGAAAUAGCUUCAAAAGCACUUGUGUAUCCUGAUUUUUUUUCUUAUAUGCUGUUGCAGAUAUAUGUAUAUGCUAAAAUAUAACUUGCAAAGAAGUUUCAACUAUGCUGUGAAGUUCGCCUUAAAAUUUCAAUUUUUUGAACAAUUGGGCUCAGUUUGCACUUUAUAUUUUAGCAGAUACAUUACCUUAGUCAUUAGGCUUUGCAUUUGUAUGUAGCAGUAUGUUUCUGUCCACUUUCUUAAUCUGAAACGUACGUUAAAUGAAGAUGGCAUUUUCUUUCUUGUAUAGUACUUGUAUUUUCUUUCGCUGAUGCAUCUCUGUCUCGAUUUUUAAACCUUUGCUGUUAAAUGCAAUACUUUAUAAAGAAUGAACAAAAUUACUGGAAGCAGUAUUGUAAGUAAUGAGGUCAUAUCAAUCAGUUUUAUCUUUUGAAAGGCACAGUCUAAAACAAAACCUAAACUCAAUGCUGCAAUUAUGAAUCUAAUUCAUAUAUAAGAUAUAUUUAAAUAUAAGAGUAGCAAUACUGCAACUGGUGAUCACAAAGAUAAUGUUCUACUUCUGAUAGAAAUAAUUUCUCAACAAAUGUUGUUACUAUGCAUGUAUAUGGAUGGAAUAAAAUUCCAGAUCAUUGGAGAA